AUGGUUAUUAAUAUAGCAGAUCUCGAAGAACAAGCUAUCAAUUUAUUUUCUCGAUUGGGAUUUUCAAGAGAAAUUUCUAGUCUUAUAUGGAUUCUAAUCGACAUAAUUAUCCUUCUAUUGGGAAUUACAAUAGGAUUAUUAGUUAUUGUAUGGCUCGAAAGAAAAAUAUCUGCGGGAAUACAACAACGCAUUGGACCUGAAUACGCCGGUCCUUUGGGAAUUAUUCAAGCCUUGACGGAUGGAAUAAAACUACUGCUAAAAGAGGAUAUUAUUCCAUCUAGGGGGGAUAUUUGGUUAUUUAGUAUUGGACCAGCGGUAGUGGUCAUACCUAUUUUUUUAGGCUAUUUAGUAAUUCCCUUUGGUCGCCACAUUAUUUUAAUGGAUCUUAGUAUAGGCGUUUUUUUUUGGAUUGCAAUUUCAAGUAUUGCUCCCCUUGGACUGCUUAUAGCAGGAUAUGGAUCAAAUAAUAAAUAUUCUUUUUCAGGUGGUCUCCGAGCUGCUGCUCAAGCUAUUAGUUACGAAAUUCCUUUAGCUUUAUGUGUGUUAUCUAUAUCUCUACGUGUGAUUCGUUGGAAUAUGAGAUUCAUUUUUCCCUCUUUUUAUUUCUACUAAUAACUAAAAAGAGGGAAAAACAGAAGUGAAUGGGAUUCCUUCAUUCCGAUCAAAAAACUAGAUAGUCAUAUGGGUGAGAUCAAACAGUUUACAAAUCUUGCAGUAAGAUGAUUAAGUCCCAUCCCCCAUGUACAAGAGUGAGAGCAUGCACAAUCAGUGAAAACUGUGUACCCCAGUUCAUAUAUUAGCCAUUGGGGCCCAACAGCGGGGAGGCAAAGGAAAAAAGUAUGAAGUUACUGUCCUAUAUACCAAAAAUAAAGCAAAGGUAGAUGGUGAGAAACACCAAGAUAUAAAAAAGAUUUGUGAAAAAAAAAAAAAGAAA